AGGAGAGAAUGAUUUGAAUACAUGCAGAGACAUUGAAUUGAAAAGAUGAAUAUAUUUAAUAUUUAUUGAAAACAAAACAUAUUUAUUAGAAUCCCACACACAAUAUAUAGUCCACAAGGCUGCUUAUAUGUAGUCUAAUGGAGAUUGGAAUACAAAACUACAGAAUGACAAUGCUUACAAUUUUUAUGAGACUCUCUUUAGUUGUCUUGGCAACCACAACAGUUGCUAUGACAAAGAAAGAAGUUGAGGAUGAUACAUUAAUGAAUAUACUGCAUGAAUAUAUACAAUUGUCUCACAGUCAAGUUAACUCUGAUCUGUACAAAAAAGAGUUUGACUUUAGAAAUGAACAAGACAAUGCAAAUGAACAAGACAAUGUAAAUGAACAAGACAAUGUAAAUGAACAAGACAAUGAUAAUGAACAAGACAAUGAUAAUGAACAUUAUAAACCAAAUAUUAAAAAUAAACUGAAUGUUAUUAAGGAACUAUAUGAUGAAGAGCUAAACAGUCCUACCAAUGGAAAGGAACUAGAUAAUGAAAACCAAUAUCAAACUGGCUAUAGUGAUAAUGACUUUGCGAGAGAAUGGCUGAAAAUAUAUGAUAAAGAAGCAACUGCGCACCUUAAUAAAGAAACUCUCCUAGACUGGCAAUAUAACACUAAUGUUACGGAAGAACAUUCCAAAGCAUCUGUUGAAUAUAGCCAAGUUGUAAAUAAAUGGCUCCAGACAAAACUAGUCGAGGCAAGAAAAUUCCAUAAUAUAUCCGACCCAGAUUUAAAGCGUCAGCUGAAGCUUAUCACGACUACUGCUGAACCAAAUGAUCCAGUUAUUGCUAAGAAUAUUGCAGAGGUAACCAAAGAAAUGGAAAGUAUAUUUGCACAAGGAAAGCUGGAGAAAAAUGGGAAGAAAUUCAGAUUGAUACCUGAACUGGAUGAGGUUAUGGCAAAAAGCCGAGAUUACGAUGAGUUACUAUGGGCUUGGCAAGGCUGGAGGGACAAGACAGGGCGAUUAAUUCGAGGUGCUUACUCUGAGAAAGUCCAACUUGAGAAUAUGGCUGCUGUUGAAAAUGGUUACAAAGACAAUGGUGAAUAUUUAAGAGAAGGUCAAUAUGAAAUGGAAAUAACUGAUAUGGUGAAUGAUUUAUUUGAGGCAAUUAAGCCAGUGUAUGAAGAGUUGCAUGCCUAUGUGCGGAGAAAGUUACGUGGAUAUUAUCCAGAAGCAGGAAUGUCAAAAACGAGUCCUAUACCAGCACAUUUGCUUGGCAAUAUGUGGGCACAAGAUUGGACAAACAUCUAUGACAUUUUGAUUCCUUAUCCAGAAGUUGCAUCCCUUGAUGAAUCAAAAUGGAUGAAAGAACAUGGAUUUUCACCAAUGAAGAUGGUGGAAACAGCAGAGGAAUUCUUCACAUCGAUUGGUUUGGAUCCAAUGACUAAUGAAUUUUGGGAAAACUCAAUGUUCACUCGACCAAAAGAUCGUGAAGUUGAGUGUUAUGCAUCUGCUGAAGAUUUCUCAACUGGUAGUGAUUAUAGAAUAAAAAUGUGUAUUGAGGUAAAUAUGGAUGACCUUGAAACGAUUCAUCAUGAAAUGGGACAAGUGGAGUACUUUAUGGCAUACGCCCACCAGCCUGUAGUUUACAGAGAUGGUGCAAAUCCUGGCUUCCAUGAGGCCAUUGGAGAUGCUAUUGCCCUCUCUGUUAUGACUCCAACUCACAUGGAAAAGAUUCAGUCAGCAAGCAAUGGAGAACAGGCAAACAAUGGGGAACAUGCAGAUAAUAAAGUGAGGACACACAAAUAUAAACAAAUGAUUAAUUUUUUAUUUAAAAUAGCACUGAAGAAGAUCGUAUUUUUGCCAUUCGCAUUACAUAUUGAUUCAUACAGAUGGGACAUAUACAAUGGUAGAACCAACACUAGUAAUUAUAACGUGAAAUGGUGGAACUCAAGGCUUAAAUACCAAGGGAUCAGCCCCCCUAUUCCUCGCACUGAAGAUGACUUUGAUGCAGGGUCUAAAUACCACGUGGCCGCCAAUGUGCUGUAUAUUCGAUACUUCUUCAGUCAUCUUCUACAGUUUAUGUUUCAUGAAGCGUUAUGCAAGGAGGCUGGCUUUUCUGGGCCAUUGUACGAGUGUGAUAUAUACCAAUCUAAGACAGCUGGACAAAAACUGAAAGACAUGCUCUCUAUGGGGCUAAGCAAACCAUGGAAAGAGGCCCUGGGGGUCAUCACGGGGAAACAACAAAUGGACGCAUCCUCAGUUAUGAAGUAUUUUCAACCAUUGAUAAAAUGGCUAAAGGAAGAUAAUGUAAGACAUAAUGAAACCCCAGGUUGGGAUGUGGAUGAACAGACGUAUCGUAUGAAGAUAGAUGAUGGUGGUCUAUACCCUGUUGAGGCUCUCGAGAGUGAAAUAUUAGAUGCUAUAUCAUAAACAAUACAAUAAUAUACAUUGGCUGUGCUGCCACAUCAAAUUUUGCAGAAGUUUAGUGCAUUAAACAUCUGGACACCCCUCUCCCUAUCUAUUUCUCUUGAGGGGGGGGGGGCUUCAAGCAAAGGCUAGAAAAGAUUAUAGCAAUUUGUAUAUUUUUGAACGAAAAUGAAAAUAAUGUUCAACAAUAGAACUACCUAUAUCCUCUUUAUACUCACAUAUAAUAAUGUCUUUAAUUGUGCAUGAUGUAAUUUAAAUAAAUAAUUAUUUGUUGUUGUUAUUAAUUGUUAUUUUAUUAUUAAAUCUCAACCAAGAACCAAUAAACCCACUAUAACUGUACUAAUACAUCCAUAUGGGGCAUCACCAUGUAAAAACAGUUGGGUCUUUAGGGCAAAACAAUUGAAAAGAUUGAACUGGUUGAAAUGAAACGCACC